AUGAGGGUGCGAUUGACGCUGCGGCGCCUGCUGAGCGCCGCGUUGCUGCUAUGCACCCUGUUCCUGACGACUCUGCUGCCGCGGCUCUGGCGGGGCGACCGCGGCUACGAGCUGCUCGUCGACCGGCCCCCUCCCGCCGGACCUGGGCCCGUCUCUAAGGUCGUGGUGCCCUUUGGCCAGGAAUGCGCCCCCUUCACCGCCGGCGUCAUGGACGACGUGACCAUCGUCCUCAAGAUCGGCGCCGGCGAGGUCGCCUCCAAGCUGCCCCAAUACCUCAACCGCCUCGGCCGCUGCAAGCAGGAUCUGCUCAUCUUCUCCGACCGCAAGGACUCGUACAAUGGCUUCGACAUAGCCGACGCCCUCGCCCACCUGCGCCCCGAGUACAGGUUCAACAACGCCGACUUCGACGUCUACGACUACAUCCAGUCCGUCAACCUGACUACCGACAAGUCGCCCGAUGGCUGGCGGCUCGACAAGUACAAGUUCCUGCCCAUGAUGGAGUGGACCUCGUACCUGCGGCCCCAGUCGCACUGGUACGUCUUCCUCGAGCUCGACACCUACGUCAACUACGACAAUCUAUACCGUUUUCUGUCCAACUUCAAUCCACGCACCGCCUACUACUUUGGAUCCCCCGUCUGGCCGAAGAAGAAGGCCAUUUUUGCCCACGGCGGCAGUGGCUUUGUGCUGUCGCGUGCAGCACUGGACAAGAUCAUGGCACUCGGCCGCAUGUUUGGCGAGAACAAGCAUUUUCCAGGCACGCACUUCUUCGGUGUCGACGUACAGAAGCAGUGCUGCGGUGAUGAAAUUCUAGCCCAGGUCCUGAAGAAGAGCGGCGUCUCCCUUCGAGGAUACUGGCCCAUGUUCAAUGGCGAAAAGCCAAUCACCAUGCGCUUUGACAAUGAACAGUGGUGCGAAGCAAUCAUGACCAUGCACCACCUUAACGAAGAAGACUUCACCUCGCUCUCCCAAUGGGAAAAGGCGCGCUCGCACCCGGAACGACCCCUCAUGUUCGAAGAACUCUUCACAAUGAUUGAAUCCCACCUCCGCCGCGAAUCCGAAGACUGGUCCAACCUCUCCGAAGACGUGACGUACAAACCCAGUAAAAAAGCAUCCAAAUCAUUCGACAACUGCCGCAAAGCCUGCAUCAACGACAGCAGAUGCAUGCAAUUUCAACACACGGGCACAGAGUGUCGCCUCGGCUACUCGAUUCGCUUGGGCCGCCACCAGCCUCGUGAGGGCGACCGCCAGUGCAGGUCCGGAUGGAUGCUGGAUCGCAUCAAAGCGUUUAAACAGGCCCGUUCCCCGUGUCAGGGCGCCCGCUUUGUCCAUUCCAAUCCCUGA